CCCAAACAAAUACCCAUUCACCUUUUUCUCUUCUACGUUUUACCCCUUCAACACACACACACACACAAACACACAGUCGCCAUUGUUGCAGACAAACAACAACAAUCUUAUCAAUUUUGCUACUUUCAUAAAUCUUUUUACAAAUCCCAGAAAGCAUCAAUCGAAAGUUCCACUUUUUAAUAGUUAAUUUUGUAGAAUCUUGGAAGAAGAUGCUGGGUGAGCUCAUCAUAAACAGUCUUGUGUUGAUUCUUGGAUAUGCAUAUCCAGCUUUUGAGUGUUUUAAAACCAUUGAGAAGCAUAGUGCACCAAAUGCAGAAUUGAGAUUUUGGUGUCAAUAUUGGGUCAUCAUCGCGGUUCUUACAGUUUUUGAAAGAAUAGGUGAUAUAUUCGUUUCAUGGUUACCGAUGUAUGGAGAGAUGAAGCUAGCGCUCAUCAUCUACUUAUGGUAUCCUAAAACUAAGGGAACAGGAUAUGUAUAUAAUGCCAUGUUGAGACCGUUUGUAGCACGACAUGAGACCGAUAUAGAAAGAAGUUUAAGGGAAAUGAGGGCGAAAGCGUGGGAUGUGGCGAUUUACCAUUGGCACAAUUCCUCGGAGUUGGGACAAACUAGAUUUUUUGAAAUCAUUCAUUACUUGACUUCAAAACCUUCGAGGCCAAGAUCCGAGGUGUUGCAAAACCAUCAAAACUCUGUGGCGGGACAUUCGCCACCACCUCCUACGGUUGCUCCACCGGUGGUUCCUCGACCCGAUCAGGCUGAAGAUAGGUGGGUGCCGACAGCUCCCACAGCUCCACCACUACCAAACGUUAGUCACCACCAACCAGUAUAUCCGGAGGAGUUGCAUGUUCCUGGAUCACCAAGUAGACCCGGUUUGAAUAUUCCUGGAUCACCGAGUAGACCCGGUUUGAAUUCGGGUCAACGAGAACCUGUUUGGCUAAGGUUCAAAAAAUCGAGGGGACUAUGAGUGCAUUGUUCAUUGUUUCUUUAAGAUGCUAAUAAUUAGGAGAGCUAACUUUUGAUAGUCAGUUAAACCAACAAUCAAGUCAUGUUAGCCUUGAAAGAUUGGGAUCACGUGACUAGCACAUGUGAAGCUUUGGUCACUUUCUUCAUUGACCAUAAAAAGACGUGUUUGUACAAAGUUACCCUUGGCAUCUUACAAUGUUACAUAACAGUUGCAUCUACUGCUUUUAAUAAUAUUAUAAAAUUUAAAGUUA